UCCAGCGGUCGGGCCGAAUGUUGGUUUCCGCGAGUGUCACAAAAAGAAAUUCGUAAAAAAUAAAUGGUUAUUGUGUGAAAUGAACUGAAUUUGUGAAUGUUCAUUGUUUUUUUAUAAUAAACUCUUGAAUGGAAUCUCAAUGUGACGUCUUUGAAGCUUUUGAUGUAAAAAACAGAUCGAGCUAUGUCCAUAUCGUGACGCUUCAACAAUUCAAUAAACAGAUGGAUUAAGAUCCAUCAUAAUUUACAACUGCAACGAUUAACAGGUAAAGAAGGUAAAGAUGUCCCACCAUCUGGUAACAGUAUGCAUGUUCUGUCUGCUGUGUGCAGCGCAUACAUGCGGCUCCCACGUGGAUACACGCAAAGACAUCGUCUCCUAUGAACCAGAAAUCAAAAACACCGAACACAUGAUGGCUGACCUUGGUAAACGAAGAAUAGACUCCAGACAGAGGUAUCAAUUUAAAUUGGACAAGAUACGAAGAAAGAGAGAAGUCAGAAAUGUGAAUCCGAAUGCGUACGUGGAACAGAUCUUCAGUAUAUAUGGUGAUGCGGGCACAACCACUAUGAAUAUGACAGGUUUUAAUAGAAUGCUGCAAGAUUUGGACCUGCAUAAAUUAGUUGAAGGUGGAGUACAGAAAGUUGAGCGGAAAGUGUACUUCUAUGGCGAGACGGAAACCAAAGAGGAUGUUGUUAAUUGUGUAAGCAGUGAAGAAUUAGUAACGACGGUGAACACUAGGUUAAAACCCCAUGAUCACGGCCACGGUGAACACGAGCAUAGCGCCUCUGAACACGCUGGCGAGACCUCCGUGUCUGGGGACACGUUACAAGCCAUCUGUCCCAUUUUACUCUAUCAAAAGCUGGCCGGUACCUCACUAGAAAAAUCUGGCUGUGUUAAAGAAGCUAACAUACCUUAUAGAAUAGACUACAAGGAUCUCAAACCUUUAGAGAAUGCGUACUCUAAGAAUAUGUACACAGUUUGGUUGUAUUCUUCUCUAAGUAUAUUCGCGAUUAGUGCUUGUGGGUUGCUAGGUGUCGCGGUGAUUCCUAUAAUGCACAAAACAUAUUAUAAUCAUUUGUUACAAUUUUUAGUAGCUUUAGCUGUUGGUACGUUAUGUGGGGAUGCUCUUUUACACUUAAUGCCUCAUGCUAUGAGCCCAAUGGAACAUAAUCACAGCAGUCACGAGGAAACCGGUGUUGAAACCAGAGCCUCGCAUGAUGAUGGCAUGUGGAAGGGUCUGGCAGCUAUGUUGGGCGUAGUGUUCUUCUAUUUCACCGAAAAGGGUUUAACAGUUGUCGUAGAGUGGAGGAAGAGAAGGCAGAAGUUGGAAGAAGAUAAACUGCCGUCGAGAGUCCGAGUGUUAAAAGAUGAGGCGGUAGGUUCUACAGAUGGUAAACCGACAACGAAUUCCACAUCGAAUAAUAUUAUGAAGAUCUUUAAGAGAGAUGAAAAAGGAGAUCCAACAAUGAAAACUUGUAAGCACAAGUAUUCGGAGUAUCCUUACUGUUACGAUGAGAUCGAUACUGAUACUCAUGAUGAGCAUCACGUGAGAGAUGGUGUCCCUCCGAGUCCGAAGGCGCAGAAGAAUCAUAAUAACUCCGUCAGCGUGGUGUCCUCGAAUGCCCUCAAUCAGGAGGGAAAGGAGAACGAGCCGACGGCGAAAGAUUGGCUGCUGAAAGCUGAGACCAAUCCUGCUGUCGUAGAAAUGAAUAAUAUCAAUCAUAAAGAAGAAGGGGCUAAGGAUUUGAAGGAUGGUGACAGUUAUACUGUAAUUUUGAGGUGAGUUAAACGGCGUUCUACAUUUAAAUUG